CCUCUGUUCAUAAAUACGCCUCUGUUUUUUUCUCAUAAUAAAAACAACACGAGACGCAAGAGAGAGAGAGAGAGAGAGAGAAGAAAAAACUUGUCAGGGUUGUAGUUUUCUUGAUCAGAUCCUGUUUGUUCAGGGUUGAGUUUGUUGAUGGUCAUCUAAAUUUUAUAAACUUUUUUUGUUGAUUAUAUUUUAACGCAUACACGUUUGGGAGAUUGUGAAAAUGAAGUUUUGUAAGAAGUAUGAGGAGUACAUGCAAGAACAGAAGGAGAAGAAGAAUCUACCUGGUGUUGGCUUCAAGAAGCUCAAAAAGAUUCUCAAGAAAUGCAGAAGAAGAGAUCAUCUUCCUUCUCGUAUUGCUUCAAUCAAUCAACAACAUGGCAACAACUGUCCUCGUGAAUGCGCAGUCUGUGAUGUUUUAACUCUUUGUGCAGUUUGUGAUGGAACUUUUUUCCCGGAGCUUCAGAAGGAAAUGGAGGAUGUUGUUGGAUGGUUUAACGAGAAUGCUCAGAAGCUUCUUGAGUUACAUUUAGCUUCUAGUUUCAAAAAAUGUCUUACUUGGUUCAAAGGCAAAACGAGCCAUCAUCUUGGUUUGAUCCAAGAAGGCCAAGACUUGGUUAACUACGCCCUCAUCAACGCCGUCGCCAUCAGAAAAAUCCUCAAGAAAUACGACAAGAUUCAUGAGUCUAGCCAAGGACAAGCGUUUAAGACACAAGUCCAGAAAAGGAGAAUAGAGAUCCUCCAAUCACCAUGGCUAUGCGAGCUCAUGGCGUUUCACAUCAACCUGAAAGAAUCACAGAAGGAGUCUGGAGCUGUUUUGGCUUCUCCUCCAUCACUCUUUGGUGGUUGCUCUUUUAUCUUUGAUGAUGGGAAGCCUUUUCUCUCCUGCGAGCUCUCUGAUUCUGUUAAAGUUGACAUUGACUUGACUUGUUCAAUAUGCUUGGACACGGUGUUUGAUCCGAUAUCAUUAACCUGCGGUCACAUAUAUUGCUACAUGUGUGCUUGUUCAGCUGCAUCAGUAAACGUAGUUGAUGGCUUGAAAGCCGCAGACCCAUCUGAAAAAUGCCCGCUUUGCCGUGAGGUUUGUGUUUAUAAAGGUGCUGUUCACUUGGACGAGCUCAGUAUCUUACUUAAGAGAAGCUGCCGAGAGUAUUGGGAAGAAAGGCGUAAAACAGAGAGAGCAGAAAGGUUACAGCAAGCCAAGGAGUAUUGGGAUUAUCAAUGUCGAAGCUUCACUGGAAUAUAACAAGUUGAUUUUUGUGGCAUCUCAAGUUAGACAUCAAUACUUAAAUAUUCUUGGUUUUGAUUGAUUGUAAUCUAAUAAAUAAAAACUCAAAAUCUCACGAUUGUGAUUUGGUUUCUUCUGUGAGUGCGUGUUUUGGCUUAUAUAUAGUGACCAUUUGUUUGUGAAAGAUUGAAAACUCUUAAGUAUUCUAUGUUAUUUUUAUUAAGUUUGCAUC